ACUUGCAAACCUUUUGAGGUCAAUGAUCUCAAUUUAGUUCAAGUUAAAUUGUGGGAGAUCCUUAGAGGAAUGAAAUUUUUACUUGUCCUCGAUGAUGUUUGGAAUGAAAAUUACAAUGACUGGGAUGUGUUACAAAGGCCUUUCAAAGAUGGAGCACAUGGAAGCAGAAUUGUUGCCACAAUGCGCAGUAGAAAUGCUGCGUCAGUUAUGCGGCCUGUUUCUUCUCAUCAUCUUGGAAAAUUAUCAGAUGAUGAUUGCUGGUUAUUAUUCACAAAACAUGCGUUUGGAAACAGUAACCCAAGUGCCUAUACAAACCUAGAGGCUAGAAGUAUUGGCAGACAAAUUGUUAGAAAGUGUGAUGGCUUGCCUUUGGCUGCAAAGGCAUUAGGCGGUCUUCUAUGCUCUACAAUAGAAUUUGAGGAAUGGAAUAAGAUACUAAAAAGUGAGAUUUGGGAUUUGCCAAACGAUAGCAUUCUUCUUCCAGCUCUAAGGCUGAGCUAUCACUAUCUCUCUACGCAUUUAAAGAGAUGCUUUGCAUACUUUUCGAUCUUCCCCAAGGACUAUAAAUUCAAAAAAGAGGAAUUAGUCCUAUUAUGGAUGGCUGAAGGUUUUGUGCAGCCGCCAAAAUCAGGGAAAACAAUGGAUGUGGUGGGUGAUGAGUACUUUUACGAUUUAUUAUCAAGGUCGUUUUUUCAACAAUCAUGUGGCGGUAAAUCAUGUUUUGUAAUGCAUGACCUCAUUAAUGAUCUGGCUCAGUCAAUAUCUCGGAAAUUUUGUUUUAGGUUGGAGGGUGGUAAUCAACAUCGUGUUUCUGAAAAAGCUCAUCAUUUCUCAUACUAUAGAGGCAAAUACGACAGCGCUAAAAAGUUUGGAGCCUUUAAUGACGUAAAAUGCUUGCGGACAUUUCUACAAUUAGAGCAACCAUUUCACAGUAAUCGUCACUAUUUAACUAAUAUGGUGACUCAUGAUUUGCUACCAAUGCUAAGAUGCCUACGGGUGCUAUCUUUAUCUAAUUAUCAGAUCACUAUGUUGCCCAAUGCACUCGAUAACCUUAAACAGUUGCGUUACUUCGACUUAUCUCACACUGCAAUCAGAAUAUUACCAGAUUCAAUGAGCAAUAUGUUCAAUUUACAAACAUUGAUUUUGUCAAAUUGCUGUUUUCUUGUGUGUUUACCUUCAGAUUUGAGAAAACUAAUUAAUUUGCGUCAUCUGAAUAUUACUGAAACUGACAUAAAAGAGAUGCCAGUACAAAUGAGUAAGUUGAGAAAUCUCCAAACAUUGACUGCCUUCGUAGUGGGCGAACACAGUGGAUCAAGUAUUAAAGAGUUGAAAGAGCUUCAGGAUCUUCAGGGUUCCCUUGCCAUUUUAAAUCUUCAAAAUGUAGCCAAUGCCAUGGAUGCAUUUGAGGCCAAUCUAAAGAACAAAAAGAACCUUCAGGAAUUAGUGUUGAAGUGGGAUGGAGAUAGAGAUGAUUCACAAAAUGCAAGGAGUGUACUUGAGAAACUAGUGCCUCAUACAAAUUUGAAAAAACUCGUCAUUGAAUACUAUGGUGGUACAAGAUUUCCCGAUUGGUUAGGGGAAUCCACAUUCUCAAACAUGGUUUUCUUACGCCUUAGCAACUGCAGAUAUUGUUGGUCCUUGCCACCACUUGGUCAGCUUCCCUCUCUGAAAAGGCUAUUUCUUGUUGGGAUUGAUGGGGUGAAAAAAGUUGGUCCUGAGUUCUAUGGGAAUGAUUCUUCAUCAAUUAUGCCAUUUGCAUCUUUGGAGACUCUAAGGUUUGAAAAAAUGUUAAAGUGGGAGGAAUGGCUUUGUUGUGGCAGUUAUGGCGAACAGUUUCCUCAUCUAAAGGAGCUUUGUAUCUUAGAGUGUCCUAAACUGACUGGGCACUUACCAAAUCACCUUCCUUCUCUGGUAAAAUUAUCAUUUGUUAAGUGUCCACAACUUAUGUCUACACUACCAAGUACAGCUUCAGCUAUCCGAGAAUUGGAAUUAAGUGACUGUGAAAACUUGGUAGUGAAAAGUGAUGAUGACUCAGUUGUAUUGCAAUUCAUCCCUUAUCUUGAAAGAUUGCUGUUUUCAAGCAUGUCCCAGAUGAAGGAAUUGCCGAAGGGGCUGCAAAAUAGCAGGUCUCUUCAGCAUCUUAUCAUUGAGAAAUGUGACAGCCUAUGUUCCCUACCUGAAGGAUUGCUGUUCUCUCAAGUUGGUUUGCCCACCUCGUUGAAGACGCUUGAUAUUUAUAAAUGUGGGGAGUUAGAGCUUUGGUCACAUGGAGACACAAUGCACUCCUGCUCAUCUGUUGAGCAUUUAUCCUUAUGGAAUGGCUGUAAUUCUCUUGAAUCCCUCCCACUGUUCUGCUUUCCAAUGCUUCAAACUCUUGUUGUUUUUCAUUGUGCAAAUCUUGAACGCAUUUCAAUUCCACUAGCAUUUUGCCACAGAAAUUUCACCUCUCUCAAUCACCUCCAAAUUGUGGCUUGUUCUAAUCUUGUGUCUUUCCCAAGUCGGGGCCUGCCUGCCCCCAACCUGACAUUUCUUUUGGUCUCGCACUGUGAUAAUCUGAAGGAAUUGCCAGAACGGAUGUACACUCUCACAUCCCUAAAAAGCUUGACUUUAAGUGGAUGUCCGAGACUUGAAUCAUUUCCAGAAGGGGGGUUGCCCCCCAACCUAAAUUUGCUGGCAAUUCGUGAUUGUAGCAGACUCACUGCCAACAGGAUGGAAUGGAAUUUACAAGGGCUCCCUUAUCUUAGAGUUUUCAAGAUUGCUGAUGCACGUGAAGAGUCAUUCCCAGAGGAGUGGCUACUGCCUGCCACUCUUAGCACUCUCAAAAUAUCCCGUGUUCUAAAUCUUAAAAUGCUGGACGUGAAGGGGCUUCAACGCCUUACCUCUCUUGAAGAGUUGGAGAUUAGGGACUGCCCUAAGCUACAGUGCAUUCCAUAUGAGGGACUGCCCACUUCCCUUUCUGUUCUGCUAAUUUGGCGUUGCCCUUUGCUGAUGAAACAGUCUGGAAGGGAUGAAGGAAAAGACUGGCCUAACAUUGCUCACAUUCCAUUUGUCAACAUCGAUGGCAAGACAAUCUCGUGAACUCUAUGAGACUGAUUAUGGGAUUGUGCAGAAUUAAACAGGCAGACAAAUCUCCAGUAUCCAUUCAGGUGGGGCAUAAUAAAGUGUCACCCAUGAUGGAAGAGAGAAAAGACCUAAAAGAUCACUUUGAGUUGUGUUACCUGAGCAAAUGCAUAAGGCAGUGCAGAAUACAUCCCUGAUGCUCGCUCGCGAUAGAAAACUGUUCUCUCGGUAGCAACAAUAGAUUGCACUGCAGAAGCACUGGUUCCUCCAAGGAAAAUCACAGCAGAAUAUAUAGCUCCCACGAGAUUCAUCAGAUCUUGUUGUUUGGAUCUAUUAACAAAAGAGUUACUUUAGAAUUCAGAUGCAAUUAUGGAACUCCCAACCAACAGGAGAAAUAAGAUUGUGUUUAGGAGUAUGGGUGUUGUGUCUCAGAUUUGAAUUUGUAUGUAUUUGGCCAAAAGUCAACAUAAUUUUACAUUGCAUUUUAUUUAAAUCCCCACAAAUCCAAAUCCAAUGUCCAAACCCCAAGCUCCCUAAUAUGGGAUAAGUUAACUUUAGAUACAAAGCAAUGAAGGAUGCUUUUCAUUUUUCCCUUCCAA